UUUGCGUCUUUUGUCGAAGACGUGUUCUUGAGGUACCACGAACGGACGAGUACAGUCAAGAAUUUCAUAUCUUUUCUGAAGCGAAUGUGAAAGAAACUCGUGCACGUGAUAAAUCCAUGAGACCUUCAAAAUGAGUGACAAGAAUAUUCCUGGUAAGGGCCGCAGCUCUUACCUAUUAGAAAUGAUGAAGAAACGCAAAGAGCAAAAGAAGGAACAGGAAAAAUAUUCUCUGGAAACACCUAGUCAGUCAUCGUCGGACCAAACAUCAUUCGAGAGAGAGUCUUAUGGACAAAGUUUAUUUGCAAGUCCACCUAUCAUUACAGCAGGCCGUGGGCGUGCGAACCUAGCUAACCUGAUGAGUUUGCAGUUGCAAAGAAGCAGUAGCAGCGGACCGAAAUACGAGGACUAUGUUCCUCCAAUAGGUCAUGGAGCAUCAAGCCAAGGAAUGGGUCGGAGUUCUCUUCUCGGUGUGCUGCAAAAACACGCUCUCAUUGGAGCAAGUGCCUCUACCUCAAGUUCCUCUAUAUCAGCUAGCACGCCCGUUCGGAAGAUUGAUGCCACUAAAGAUGAUGACAGUGGAAUUUUGGGCGCAUUGGCCGAUCUCUCAGUUUAUGAUAAUCCGCCCUCACACGAAGUAUCUCCGGAAAAAGAGACUGUAAUACGCCGACAAGGCGAAAGUGGAACAAGAGUAAAUGUAUCCGCUAAUUAUAUAGACCUGGAACUGGAGCCCGGCAAGGGUUUGUUCCAAUACGAGGUGAAAUUUUCGCCGGAUAUAGAUGCGAGAGGAUUACGGCGGAAGUUGCUAAAUCAGCACGGUGCCAUGUUGGGACGAACAAGAACAUUCGACGGAAUGAUACUCUUCUUGCCGGAAAAACUGCCAGAGAACAUUACACGGCUCAAAUCCGAACAUCCGGUAGACGGGUCGGAUGUGAUUCUCACAAUUAUUUAUAAGAAACAACAAUCGAUGAGCGAAAACGUUCAAUUCUUCAACGUUCUGCUCGGCCGUAUUAUGCGCGCGCUUUCUUUAGUUCGUAUCGGCCGGCAAAGUUUUAACCCGAAAUGUUCACAUGUCAUAAAUCAACAUCAGUUGGAAGUGUGGCCCGGUUACGUGACCGCCAUCAACGAGUAUGAGGGUGGCCUAAAGCUAUGUGUGGAUUUUAAACAUCGCGUGCUGCGCACGCAAACGGUGCGAGACUUGAUGACCGAUAUGUUUCAAAAGCAACGGCAUAAUUACCGGGAAUCUGUGGUGAGAGAAAUCGUCGGCACGAGUGUUCUGACGCGAUACAAUAACAGGACGUAUCGUAUAGACGACAUCGAUUGGGACAAAACGCCGAAGCAUAAGUUCUCUAAAAACGGAGAGGAUAUAUCGUUGAUAGAUUAUUACAAGAAAUUUUGCAACGUCGAGAUAAGAGACAUAAAUCAACCGCUCUUAGUUCACCGGGCUACGGAGAGAAUGCCUACCGGCGAGAGACAAGAAAAGACGAUACUUCUGAUACCGGAAUUGUCGUACGUCGCGGGUCUCACGGACAGUAUCCGCUCCAACUUCAGGGUGAUGAAAGAUUUGGACGAGAUUACGAAAGUGGCGCCUGGUAGACGUCGCGACGAAAUCAGGCUGUUUGUACAGGAGAUAAAAAGGAAUGAAUUGACACGAGAGAUGUUAUCAGGAUGGGGCUUGCGUUUGAGCAACGAUAUAAUACAAUUUAACGGAAGAGUUCUCCCACCGGAAGAAAUCUUCUUUGGGAAUAAGCAGAAGUGCGAUAUUAAUCGAGACAAGCUUACCGAUUGGUCGAGCUUCGCAACACGAAACCCCGUAUUGCGCACUCCGAAUUUGAACAAAUGGUACAUCUUGUACGUUAACAGAGAUGCAAAUGUCGUACACGAUUUCCUAACUAUGCUGCGGAACAUCGCGAGAGCGAUCGGUAUGCGAAUUAACGAUCCGCUGAAGAUCGUUUUGUGGGACGACAGAAACGAAAAUUACCUGCAAGAAAUUCGGAAGAACUUCAACCAUGAUUACGAAUUGGUAGUCGCAGUGUUUCCAACCAACCGUACUGAUCGGUACAGCGCGUUAAAAAGGUUUACUUUCACUUUUUCUUCCCGUUUCUUGCAUUCGUAUAGACUAUGCUGCGUAGAAAAUCCCAUUGCGUCGCAAGUUAUCAUUUCGAAAACGAUUUCCAAUCCUAUCAAGUUAAAAAGUGUCACGGAGAAGAUAGCGCUUCAGAUCAACUGCAAAUUGGGAGGAGCACUUUGGACUGUGGCUUUGCCAAUGAAAGUUGCUACCAUGGUGUGUGGUAUAGAUGUGUAUCACAGCGGUAUAGGAAGCGGCACAAGGCGGAGCGUAGCAGGUUUUGUCGCGAGUAUAGACUCUCAAUUGACCAAAUGGCACAGUAAAAUCUGCAUGCAGGCUUCCAAGCAGGAGUUGAUGGAUAUGCUGCAAGUGUGUCUCAUCUCGGCCGUCACAACCUUCUACAAGUACAACCAUUCAAACCCGGAACGUAUAAUGAUUUAUCGCGACGGAGUCGGCGACGGUGAUUUGGAUUACGUUAUGAAAUACGAAGUGAAGCAAUUAUUGGCGGCCUUUAAACGCAUUGAACCAAAUUACAAGCCGCAACUCUGCGUGAUCGUCGUUCAAAAACGCAUAAACACGCGAUUGUUCAUUAACAACAGAGGCGGAUUAGGGAAUCCUGCUGCAGGAACAGUGGUCGAUUCCUGCAUCACGAGACGGAAUUAUUACGACUUCUUCCUUGUGCCACAAAGUGUACGACAGGGUUCAGUGUCACCCAUUCAUUAUAUCGUUCUACAUGACUCGUCGGAUAUGAAAACUGAUCACAUACAGCGAUUCACAUACAAACUUUGCCAUUUGUACUACAAUUGGCCCGGUACAAUACGCGUACCUGCUCCCUGCCAGUACGCCCAUAAGUUAGUGUACCAGGUCGGUCAGAAUAUUCAAGUAGAACCACACCAUUCCCUUGAAAAUACUUUGUACUAUCUAUAAUAUUUCCUACCCCACUUAACAUCACAUUAUUCUUCAUUCACAUUCAUUUCCGCUCCUUCUUUACCCUUCUGAGACUAAAUACGGGUAUUUUUGUACCAUACAAAGGGCAUGGAUGAUAAAAUAUAAAAUAAUAUACAGAUCACUUGAUUGCUCACAAAGGUCGAUAUGGAUCAUUGUGAUUGGUGAUACUCCCGAAGAAGCAUGUAUUACUUCUGAAAACUGUUGCUAAAGAUUGAUGCAAAAUAUCGCAGCGGAAGAGAUUACCAAGUAUAUUUGACAAACAAUGCACUUGGGAUAUAUUUCCGCAUAGUUGAUUUUUAUCAUACGUAGAUAUAGCCAAACUAAUGCUUGUAUUUGUUAUGAAAACACAAAAAACAAUAUUUGCGUUUAAUAUUUAGUACGAAUAUCAACGUAAGUUGGAUAUUCUCGACGAUAAAUCUUUAGUGCCUUUUAGCUUUUGUUACAUUGUCUUGCAAAUUCCAAAUAUAUACUCUCUCUCUUUUUUUUUUAUACAGAAAGAGUAUAAUUCCUAUAUUAUAAGAUAGUAUAUCAGAUAAAUUAUUUUUUUUUAAUGUUAUGAUAAUCCCUUACAAAGUUAUCAUUCAGAAAUAUAUAAAAUAUUAAUUAUCAUAGAUGUAACUGAAGUGAUGAUAAGUCAAGAAAUUUGUAUUUUCUAACUAGGAAUUAGAUAAGUGAGAUUUCGUAGUAUUGUUAUUGCUUUAUAAGUGAUCCUUAUUUUUUUUCAGUCUCAAAUAUUUGUUAAGAUGUUUAAGACCUAAUAGAAUGGCUGACUUGUAAUUUUAACCCUUAUCGGUCAUAAGUUACCUCUCACGUGACAACAAUACUUCGUCGCUGCGGUCGUACGUCACGUAGGAGGUGACAAGUUCGCAUAUUUACCGCUAAGAGUUAAGGCAAUAUUCUGUGCCCUAAAAUUUUUUUUCUCCAGCAGUAUAUCAUCACAAAUCAAACGACUUUUUAAUUUAAGACUUCAGACACAAGACAAUCAUUAUUUAAGACUUGCGAUGUAAAACAUUGUCUUGAAUUAAGUUAUUCAUUUUGCUGAAGCUUUUACUUUAAACGAAGUUCCUAUUAUUGGGCUUUACAUAAGCUUAUAUAAAUUAAGCUUUAAUAAAGCCUUAUUAUACAUUGAACUAGGCUAAGAUUCGUUAGUAUUAAUUAUUCUCAAUUUUAAUAUGAUAUUGUAUAUCAAGCUGUCGAAAUGAUUGAUUGAAUAAUCAAGAAUUAUGUAUCUGCGCAUCCAGAUACUAUCCACAUAGACAGACUCAAGACCUAAUAAAUAUUAAGCUUCAUUGAAGCUAGCAGAAAUGUAAAAAAUAUUAUUCAAUGUUGUUACUGACAAUAGUGAUAUUUUUUGUAAAAUUAAGGUAAAUUUUACAGGUACAUUCUCAAUAUUGUGACGUAUUAAUUUUUUUAAUGAUAGAAAUAUUGAACAAGUGUAUAGUGAGUGCUUUCCAUCUAGCGAUGCAGGUUGACUUUUUUUUUAAUAUCAUUUUUGUUUUCAUUUAAUUUGUAUAACUGUGUGUCGGUGACUCAAGUAAGGUAAACUUUUACUAACUUUGCUUUGGCUACGAGUUGAGCGAAGCUGAAGGGGGAGAGGUAUUAACAGUAGUUUUCUAAAUUACAAGAAGAGUGAAAACUUUUCUGUAUAUGUAUCCAAUAAAUGAUCUUUCUCUUAGCAAUCUGAUGACGCAUUGGCGACAGAUCGGACCAUCUGUUGACAGAUCCAUAGUCAUCUAUCUCCGCAAUCUUUUGUUCGGUCGACAGUAUGAGUACUGGCAGAAUCUGACAACAGAUUGGUAGCAGAAAACGAGCAGGAUCUGCAGUAUAUUUCAUUUAAACGCAUUGGAACGACAGACCUGCUCGAUUUCUGCUAUCAGUCUAUCAUCAUACGUUGUAAGAUUAUAUAUUUUUGCUAGCAAACUAUUUACAAUGUCUACAGAUUGUACACACAGCUCAAAAUCUAUUUUUGCAGGUUUAGCUAUCUGGAUAUAUGUAUAUUUUUUGUAUAAAAUUUCUUUUCCAGUCUUUGGAAAUAUAAGUUUACUUAUCUUUUUUUCAGUAUCAA